GUUCGCGUUUAUCCAGCUCCUCCGACAGCAGCUUUUACGAGACGUCUAAUAAAUAUGUAGUAUUAUUAUGAGGUCACGGGAUUAAACACGCUUGAUACUAUCGUUGCUACUCUUUCCCUCUGGACACUUGGACACUCCUUCAUUUUUGUUGGCUGGAUGUGGACCGAGUUCAGCAGGGAUCCCAGCAGACAGUCCCUGGUGGUUUGUGUUUAGGAGAUGGCAACUGCUCUUAGUGGCCGAAACCCUGGAGGACGAGGACCGAACCGAAGUAAGGGUCGGAUUUUAGGCAUCAUUGAUGCCAUCCAGGAUGCAGUGGGGCCACCGAAACAAGCGGCUGCCGACCGGCGAACUGUGGAGAAAACCUGGAAACUCAUGGACAAAGUUGUCCGCCUCUGCCAAAAUCCAAGACUCCAGCUGAAAAACAGUCCACCGUAUAUCCUGGAUAUAUUACCUGACGCCUACCAGCACCUGCGGCUUACACUGGGCAAAUAUGAAGAGAACCAGAGACUCACGCAGCUCAGUGAGAAUGACUACUUUAAAAUCUACAUUGAUAGCCUCAUGAGGAAAUCCAAACGGGCCAUCCGGCUCUUCAAAGACGGAAAGGAGAGGAUGUAUGAGGAGCAGUCACAGGACAGGAGGAACCUGACCAAGUUGUCUCUGAUCUUCAGCCACAUGCUGGCUGAAAUCAAAGCCAUCUUUCCUGGAGGACACUUCCAGGGGGACACUUUUAGGAUCACCAAAGCUGAUGCCGCUGACUUCUGGAGGACAUUUUUUGGAGAAAAGACAAUAGUGCCAUGGAAAGUCUUCCGACAGUGCCUUCACGAAGUGCAUCCCAUCAGCUCGGGCUUGGAGGCCAUGGCCCUCAAAUCCACCAUCGACCUUACCUGCAACGACUACAUUUCUGUAUUUGAGUUCGACAUUUUCACACGCCUCUUCCAGCCAUGGGGAUCAAUUCUGAGGAACUGGAAUUUCCUGGCAGUGACACACCCCGGCUACAUGGCCUUCCUGACCUAUGACGAAGUCAAGGCCCGACUUCAUAAGUACAUCGACAAGCCUGGCAGUUACAUCUUCAGACUGAGUUGUACGCGGCUGGGCCAGUGGGCCAUCGGCUAUGUGACCAAUGACAGCAACAUACUGCAGACCAUCCCCCACAACAAACCGCUGUUCCAGGCCCUCAUUGAUGGCUACAGGGAGGGCUUCUACUUGUUUCCUGAUGGUCGCAGUUACAAUCCUGACCUCACUGGUUUAUGUGAGCCAACGCCUCAAGAUCACAUCAAAGUAACACAGGAGCAGUAUGAGCUGUACUGUGAAAUGGGCUCAACCUUCCAGCUUUGUAAGAUCUGCGCUGAGAACGACAAAGACGUCAAGAUCGAACCCUGCGGUCACCUCAUGUGUACUUCCUGUCUAACGGCCUGGCAGGAAUCGGAUGGUCAGGGUUGUCCGUUCUGUCGUUGUGAGAUCAAAGGCACAGAGCCCAUCAUUGUGGAUCCAUUUGACCCACGCAAUGAGGGCAACAGGUGCUUUUUCCUGGACCAGCACAGCUGCCCCAUGCUGGAGCUUGACGAUGAGGAAGAUAGAGAGGACUGCCUGGUCAUGAAUGGUCUGGCUAACAUCAGGAAGCACUGUGCAGAGCGUCAGAACUCCCCAAUGGUGUCUCCCAGCUCUUCACCUGUCAACCAACACAGAAAGGUCCACGGAGGAGACCUCAGCCACUGUGUACAGCACCUCGGCCUUCCCCCUGUCCCACCACGACUUGACCGCAUUCACAAGGGCGCCAUCCGCUCCCCAUCUGCCAGUCCCACCGUCUCCCCGAAGUCUUCACCAGGAAUGUCCAGGAAGCAGGACAAACCUCUUCCAGCACCACCUCCUCCACAGAGGGACCCGCCUCCACCGCCUCCCCCUGAGCGUCCUCCUCCCAUCCCCCCAGAGUUGCGCCACUCUUGGCUCCCCGCUUCCUCUCCCUUGACAUCUUCCAUUUCAUCUUCUAUGGGCACGCUGUUUGACUCCCAAAUGGCCCCGGAGACAAGAUGUCCCAAAGACAGUCACUUUUCAGAUGCCUACAGGACUGGAUCUGACCACCCGCUCCAGCUGGAAGCCACAUGCCCCUCCCACCUGAACAGCAGACCACUCAGUUUUCCGUCAGCUGGAUUUGGGAGGUUACAUCACAGAAUGGAGGGGACAGGAACCUCAGAGUGCUCCAAGCCCUUCUCUAAUGGUGUGCAAGUCAGCGAUGAGUAUGACAUCCUUCCCUCUCGGCCCUCGCCAACGCAGUGCACACUUGCCAGUAGCCAAAAACCCUGCAACCCUUUCAGCAGCCCUGUGGUGGAGAGGGUGGAGGACGACUAUCAGAUCCCUUCAUCCAACCUCUGCUUGAGCCAGGCUCCCAUCUGCAUCUCUGUACCCAGCAGGCAUCCAGAGAACGGCUCUCCAGAGCCCUCCAUCGACGAGAAGCCCCUGGAGCCUGGUGGACACUCUGAUUCGGUCAGGGGGUUGGUCUCACAGGUGGCACAUACGGCCCUCUGCCCCUUCAACGCCAGCAAGAUACCCUCUGACUAUGACAUCCUGCUGCCCCUGAAAGCGUUAGAAGACCCUCCGUCCCAGCCUCCUCCUCCACCGGCGAGACACAGCUUCACCGACCUCUCCUCCUCUUCUCCGUCCUCAUUCUGCAACUCCUCCACGUCCUCCUCUUCUGUCAUCGCGCGGCCACACAGACCAUCCUCUGGACACGAGCACUUGCUGUUAACCCCUGGCACGGUGUUUGACAUGCUGAACAGUGCUGCUCCUCUGCCUCCAGUCAGACGACACGAAGAACAUGGUAAAGGCUCCAGGGGCUGCCUGGAUUACGACCACUUACCAGCCAGUCAAGUAUCAAUGGACUGUCCUCAGGCCCCUGCCAGGCCGCCCAAGCCACUGCCCAGGAAGAUCCCCCCAGACAUAAAGCCCGGCAAACCCCACAGCUUGGAGUCAGAGAACGUCGACGCCAAAAUCGCCAAGCUAAUGGGGGAGGGCUACUCCUUCGAGGACGUGAAGCGGGCAUUGAUGAUCGCCCAGUACAAAGUGGAUGUGGCCAGAAACAUUCUGCGCGAGUUUGCCUUAGUGCCCCCGAGACUGAACCUCUAGUCCAAGAGACACAGCGAAGCUGUGCCUCUGAAUGGACCGACUAAAAAGGGCUCCUUCAUUCUGCUUGGCCUGGAACUGUUGGAACUACAGUGUUCAACAGAAUUAUUAGUUUUAACAGAUUUGUCUUUUGUUGCUGAACAGAGAUGACGAUGCACAACAAAGUGGCUAAAACCCAAUCACAGUAGAACACAGAGAAUUAAAAAAGGGAGAAAAGACCAUCUGUGAAUGAUUUAAACCUGUGAAAAAAAAGGACCCAGGCUUGGUGUUGUUUACAGUGAGCUUUCUGCCAGUGCUGGCCUCUGGUUUUAAAAUGCUCCUGUUUUUCUCCAGGCCAGGAAUGUAUGCCUGUUUUAAAGCCCUGAUCCUGCUUCUGCUGCUACUGUCCCUUCCACACCAUUCCACCCUUCACAUUUAGUUUGAAGGGCCUUACAAAAGAACACAACAUCUUCAGCUCUUUGCAGCUUACAUGCACAACCAAUUUGUAGGGAGUCAUUUUUAUUUACAACCAGUGGGGGGAGCCAAACUCCACUGUUUCUCUUCUCUUACUACUUUUGUCACUUUCUUCUUUUCAUGUUUCCUGUGAACCAACUCCCUUCUCUUCCCUUGUCAAUUAGACUGUCUUCAGUGUUUUUCCACUGUCUGGCUGGCUUAUCAAGAUCUGGUGAGUUGGGAGCAGUUAGAUGGAGCCAGAGGAUGCCUUAUUGAUUCACUUGUUUCCCCCAAGACCUGGAGAAAACUGUACCACAGCUCCAGAGAAGCACUUUUUGUUAGACUUGGUAUCUUACUCGGACAAAAGAGUGACGAUUAGAGAGGGUGAUGUGCUUAGUUUUGCUCUUUGUUUCUGUUCCUAGACCAGGGGUUUAAUCAGCUUUCUUCAUCUAAGGACAGCAAGCCUAUAAAUGUAUUUGUUCUGAAUGAAUGAGCUGUACCUUUGUAAAAUUUCCCAGGACAAAAGACGAACAUGCCUGCAUUUCAGCUCAAGCAUUUUAAUGGUAGAAGCGGACCUGUUGUGUCGAUCAAUGUGCUCUGCAGCCAUCACACUGCAGCCUCCUGUCUCCAAUUCAAUUACACAUCUAUCAUAUGUCCACAUGUUUGAGGAAUCACUCUCAGUCGGAUUUGGAGUGAAAGUUACUUGAUGACUCUGCAUCAAUUGAACAUUUUUAGAGUUGUAGAGUGAUCACAGUAGAGAAAAACAGAAUACUGCAGAGCAUUCAAAGUACGAGAUGAGAUGAGAUAGAGUUAAAACCCCCUUACCUCAGAAACUGGGGUAAGGGGUAUUUCACCACAAGAAGUCUUACCAAUGCAUGAUCAAAUGCAAAAAAAAAAAUGUUUUGUGCCUUUUUCCUUUAACAUAGUAUGCAAGAUGUUGCCAGACUUGUUACAGUGUAGUUUGCCAUAAAUCGGCUGUGUUUACUGAACUAUUAUUCAAAGAAAGAUUAAAGGAUCAUUCCAGUUUAAUAUUUGGGCUUUAUUUUAUUGUUUUGGCCGUAGGUUAAAAUAACAUUGUUUUCACCUAAAUCAUUUCUGAGAUCUAUUAGGAACACAGGAACAUCACUACAUUUCUUUUUUUCCUCCACAUAAGUUUGUCUAACCUGGUUUGUUUAACCCAGGCUGCAACCUCCACUUCUGAAAAGUGAAGCCAAUGUGGAACAUGCAUUCUUUCUACUGGCCAUCAGGGGGCGUGACUCCUCUGGUUGUAUAGAAAUCUCUGAGAAAAAAAUUCAUGUUCUCACUCUCUCACUUGUUUCAAGUCUUCUUCAAUACAGCAUGAUGUCCAUUUUGUAAAUGAUGUUCCAUUUAGAGUCAAAUAGACCAUAAAGUAGGGUAUGCUUUAGGGCGGGGCUACAUUUUGAUUGACAGGUUGCUACCAGAGUCAUAUACGGCGUCACUUCUCUAUAGUUUAACCAAGUUUGUUUAAACCCUGUCUUACACAUGAUCGCUCCUGUAACUUGUCCCAUCCGCUAUCAAUGUUGCUUGGUUUCCAGAUCUCAGCAAUUUGUUAUUCUUACAGAUAAAAAAUCCCAAUUAUCCUGGUUAAAUCUGCAAUUAAGAUUGCUACCUGUAGAGUUUUAAAUGUGAUGAUUGAUGACCGCUUGAGUCCCUUAAGAGUAUUUGCUUUCAUGAAAGUCACCUAAACGGCGCUACUUCCUAACUAGUUACAGCUAGAUUUUUUUAGUAAAGACAUCUUUACAUACCCAAAUGUAUUGUGGGAAACGCAGGGCCAACAGAGGUGGAUCCGGACAGUACAAUGUGAUUUGUCAAUAUGAUUUGGUUCUACCUUUUUAUUUAUUUAUUUCAUUAACAGUUGAUGCACACUGAGCUAAGCCUCUGGGUCUGUGUGUGGGUUUGAACAAACAAGCAGAGUAAGUCUUUUUAUUUCCAAGCUAUACCAGGGGACGAGCCUAGUAAACACAGGGAUGCAUGGCAUUGACCCAUUUCCACCUCCAGGCUCUCUACACUCUGCUGCUAUUAUUAGGUUAUCAACAUUUAUUUGAGAUAAUGUAUUGUAGUUUUCUCCAUGGAGGAGCAUAGACAUGUUCAUGUUAUGUCUACUGUGAUUAGGUUCCUCACAAAGCAGAUAUUACAGUGUUUCUGGUCAACAAUUUCACAGUCUGGCUGGAAAGGAGAAAGCUCAGUUUGAACAUCUUGAUACUACAGCAGGAGGAAAUGAUUAACCCAUACCUAAUGAUAGAGUUACCUUACUUUUGUUUUUACAUCCACGUGUAUUCAUAAUGAGAGAGUGAAACCAAACUUGAGUUGUGUUUUUGUGUGUUGUAAUAAGUCAGCCAUUUUAACAGGUUCCAUUUUCCCAUAGCAACCAGGUUGUCAAAAGUUGCUGUGUUCAUGUAGAAAUAGUGAGUAGAGCUGUCUGUGCUGCAUGGUCAACCAUGGGAAUAAAAUGAUGCUUUGUGAGCGAGAGAAAAAUUCCUUGAGCAGUACUAUAAAGUGGAACACCACAGUAAUUUGAAAUGAACGUAUGUUAAUCUCGGGGCUUCAAACAGUAUAUAGAGAAUUAGUGAUAACAAGCAGAACCAAGUCUCUCAUUUCUGUUAUCAUCCACAGUGCAGACAGAUUCACAAAACGUUUUUUACCCCAUGCAGCAAAGCCAUAAUAGUACGUCAGUUAAACAAAAACACACAAAUGAACAUAUAAUUAAGCACUUGGAUAAUGCCAAGUCAUCAGCUAAGCAGUUUUAUCUGCUCCCCUAAUCACCAUAGUUAUUCACAUUUCAGCAUCUAGUUGAUAUUUUUUGUCAAAAUUGACAAUCCUUUUCGUAUUGAACCAGAAAAUCCUCAGAAUCAGAUCUGCAAGACUGCUCUUCUUUUCUAACACAGAUUAGUGUAUAGUUAAUGUUACAGAUUAGACAAUGAUUUAACCUUGUCCGGUUUAUUUUCAUUUAAACCAGCAACGUCCGUCCAGAUAUGAAAUUCAGUGGCAUUCCGUUUUUAACUUGAGGCUUGAUUUUAGCACUAUUCUGUUCUCAAACUUGAGCUACUCUGAUCUGAGUAUUGUCCAUUCCAUUGGACUUCCUUGUGAAGGGGGUAAGUGGCCUUAGGUUGCAAAGUAAGCAGUUUUUAUUUUCUAAUGCCAUUUACGUAUUAAAGUGCUCUGGUGACAAAAACGUGAUAUGAUGAUAAUAUGUAAAGCAUAGAGUAAUGUGCAAUUAAUUUAUACAUUAUUAAUGCUUUUUUUCUUGAUAUAUUAUUUUCAUGGAUAACUAAAUAAAAAGUCACUAUUUGUUUUAUUGAA